AUGCAGUAUUAUUCUAGUGAAGUUGGAAUUCAGCCAACGGAUUUGUCUCGUUGGAGGUUGAGAACUACCAAGCUUGGAGCUCAAAGAUGGACGUAUUUGCCAGAAGACGCAGAUGUGUCGAAAGACCCUCAAGACAACUGUACAAAGUAUCUCUUAGGUGAGAAAUUUCCAGUUAAAAGUUUUAAGCAGCAAAGAACACGAGCUUCUGAAGUGUUGGAGGAUGGUGCUACAUUUUUCAGCGAAAUUCAGGAUAGUAAGUCAGGUACUUGGCCUAACCAGUAUAAAGGUCCCAUGUUUAUGACCAUUGGCUAUGUUGCGGCCGCCUAUUUUUCAGGAAAAGAGAUUCCUGAAGCUGUUCGUCAAGAAAUGAUUCGCUAUUUAGUUAAUUCUUCACAUCCAGUGGAUGGUGGAUGGGGGCUUCAUGAACAGGAUAAAUCGACCUGCUUUGGAACCACAAUGAAUUAUGUCGUUCUUAGGCUUCUUGGACUUCCUGCGGAUCAUCCUGUUUGUGUAAAGGCAAGGGUGACACUUAAGAAACUGGGUGGUGCAAUUGGAUGUCCACACUGGGGUAAAAUGUGGCUUGCCUUACUUAACUUAUAUAGCUGGGAUGGGGUUAAUCCGGCACCUACAGAACUUUUCACUCUUCCUUAUUGGGUGCCUAUUCACCCAAUGCGUUGGUGGGUUCAUACUAGAGCCAUCUACUUGGCAGCUGGUUAUCUUGGUACCGCUAAGGUUUCAUGUCCGUUGACUCCUCUUCUAAAAGAGAUUAGAAGUGAAAUAUUUACAAAACCUUUUGAUGAUGUUGACUUUUCUCACAAUCGAAACACAGUCUGUGGUGUGGACUUGUAUUACCCACAUACUACACUAUUAAACACCCUCAAUUGGUGUAUGGUGAAGUAUGAAAAGUAUAUUAGGCCACGCUGGUUACAGAAAUUUUCGAACAAGCGUGCUUACGAACUUCUUCUAAAAGAUCUUGAAAACAGUACAUAUCUAUCGAUUGCUCCUGUUUCUGGUGCAUUCACUGCCAUUGUACUUUUUGUCGAAGAAGGUAUAUAUGGAAGUAAGUUCAACAAGGUCUUCGAUCGUAUGUCAGAGGAAUUAUUCAUGGGUCCUCAGGGAAUGACUGUUAUGGGUACCAAUGGAAGUCAGGUGUGGGAUGCUGCAUUUGCAAUUCAGUGCUUAUUUGUAUCCGGACUUGCUGGAAAGCCGCAGUAUCAAAAGACUAUCGAGGAUGCAUUUAAGUUUUUGGUGAGGUCGCAGUUUGAUACGGAUUGCGUUCCUGGCUCAUUCAGAGAACCUAGGAAGGGCUCUUGGCCUUUCUCUACAAAAGAGCAAGGGUAUACUGUUAGUGACUGUACAGCUGAGGCUAUGAAGUCCAUUCUUAUGGUUAUGAAUAGUGAUGCGUUCUCUUAUUUGCAUAUAUUGUUUGAUACGGGAAGGCUUCACUCCGGUAUUGACGUUCUCCUCGGUCUUCAAAAUGUCGGUUCCUUCGAAUUUGGCUCAUUUGCCUCAUAUGAACCGAUUAAGGCUACACCAUUACUUGAGAAGAUUAAUCCUGCUGAAGUUUUUGGUAAUAUUAUGGUUGAAUAUCCAUAUGUUGAAUGUACAGACUCAUCUGUUCUUGGUUUGAUAUCAUACUCAGAAACUGAAUUUUACAGAGAGGCUGAUAUCAAGCGUGCUAUUGAGCGUGCUAUUGAAUAUAUUACCAAGGCACAAGGAACUGAUGGCUCUUGGUAUGGCUCUUGGGGUAUUUGCUAUACAUAUGCUGGAAUGUUUGCACUUGAGGCUUUAUCACACGUUGGUCAGUAUUAUCACAAUAGUGAUGUCGUUCGGAAGGGCUGCGACUUUCUUGUUAAACGACAAUUGGCUGAUGGUGGAUGGGGUGAAACUAUGAGAGCCAGUGAGACACAUACCUAUAUUUCAAGUAAGAAGUCUUUGGUAGUUCAAACAGCUUGGGUUGUUAUCGCUCUACUUCUUUCCAAGUAUCCUAACCAUGAAGUAAUCAAGAAGGGGAUUGACCUCAUUAUUUCCAGACAACAGCCAUCUGGUGAGUGGUUAUUUGAAGCUGACGAAGGAGUUUUCAAUCAUUCUUGUGCUAUUCAGUAUCCGAACUACAAGUUUGUGUUCCCUAUUAAGGCGCUUGGAUUAUACAUCAAAAAGUAUGGUGAUUUUGACUUGUAA